GCGGCCGGGUGCCUUUUCUAGACUCAGUGCCCUUGAGUGACACCCGCGCGGCCCAAUCGCAGAGCGCCUCAUCCCGAGUGGCGGGGGGCUUGUGGGAUUUGUCUCCUUUUUUUGAUCUUCCCUGGUUGACUUUGGGAAUCGCGGUUGUAAUUGUGGGAGCAGCGGCUUUUCCUUCCGCCUCCCCGCUGCCCACAGUUCAGGCGACCGCGUUUUGUUCUUGCUCGCCGUCCCACUUUGACCCGAGAGCCACCCCAUCAGCAAUUGAGGUCUGGCUGUGAAGGCAAGGGGGUCAGGAUCUGGCCUCAAAACCUCUGGAACCCUGUCUUCCGUACCCCCCUCGGGCUCCUAGCAAAGCGAAACACCUGGUUAACUUUCCGAGUGUCGGGCCCCAAUUUGUACCAUCCCAUCCCCCAUCCUCCCAGCGACCUUCUUUUUGGCGAGGGGUUUUGGGGACCAAGAGCGUCACAUUUCGUUACUGGGAAAUAUAAAAAUGGCUCUGUGCUUAUAACCGUUGUCCAUCGCGUGUUUUUGUUUUAAUUUUGCAUUUAUGUCGGGUCCCCCCCCCCUUUUAUUUCCCCUUCCUCUCCCCCCCUCCCCCACUGGAGAAGCAUCUUUGCGUUUCGAGUGGUUUUCCAUCUCCAUCUUCUGCAUCCGGAUUACUUCAGCGGGCGAAAUAGUGGAUGGGGUCGCAGAUCCAAGUCCCUGGAGAGCAGGGUGUUUUCCUGGUAGAAGAGCAGGGUGAUUUGAAUCCAGAUAUUUUCGUUGCCGGGUGGAAGGUGCAGCCCCAGACCUUUUCAGGACCCCAUUUGUGGCUGGUGAUGGGCUGAGCCACGGGGGAGAAAUCCAUUUAGGUAGGUCCAGUUACCCUUGGCUUUCAGAAAACCUACCUCCCGCCAAGGAAGUGGUUCCUUUAUGAGCUGAUGUUUUUUAAGGUUGUGCUUUGUAAAACCAGGCCCCAGAAGUGGGAACCUAGUGGAAUCUUGUAAGCAGCAUAAAUGGUUUUUUCUUUCUUUUUUUUUUUUUUUUUUACUUGCUCUUUCACUUUUUCAAAAAGACAUGAAUUCCCUAAGUAGGAAGCGUGGUGUUUGAUUUGUGAUGGCCAACUUGCCUCUGUACACCUGGCGUCAGUUAACCUGCAUCAGUUAGUUAUUUUUAGUUGACCCGGCAAAUAGUCUUUAAAGAAGUAAUAAAGGCUAUGUAGCGCAAAAUGCAUUCCAGCCAAUGGACAAACAACUGUUGGUAACCAUUUAAUUGGCUGUUUUUAAUAUCAAAUUAAAUACUAAGUAGUUCCAGUUUAUCCGCCGUGUAAAUCAGCAAGCAUGGAUACUGGGUAGAGCUUCUUAAAUGAACAAGGCAUGUACGUGUUCCAGUUGUUACGCAGUAGAGUCGUGUCUAGAACCUUGAUAGUUAAACACAUAGAAUUCUGAAAUAAUACCUGGAAAAGAUGAAGCUACUUUUGCAAAUCACCCUUAUUGUAGAUUUCUUGAGAUCCAAUUCAUGUAUCGUAAGAUGCGUCCCUUUAAAGCGUACAAUUCAUUGGUUUUUAGUAUAUUCACAGAUGGGUUGUGUAACCAUCACCACCAUUUAAUUCUGGAAUUUCUCAUCACCCUAAAAAGACACUCCAUACCCAUUUUUUUCUUUUAUGUUUAUUUAUUUCCGAGACAGAGAGAGACGGAGCAUGCGUGGGGGAGGGGCAGAGAGAGAGGGAGACACAGAAUCCGAAGCAGGAUCCAGGCUCUGAGCGGUCAGCACAGAGCCCGACGCGGGGCUCAAACUCACAAACCGUGAGAUCAUGACCCAAGCCGAAGUCAGUCGCUCAACCAACUGAGCCACCCGGGCGCCCCUCCAUACCCAUUUUUGGUCACUUCGUGCCCCAGCUCUGGCAACCAUAAAUCUACUUUCUGUCUCAAAAGAUUUGCCUAUUCUAGAUUCCUCACAUAAAUGAAAUCAUACAUUAUGUGAUCUUUUACUGAGCUUCCUUUACUUGAUUAUGAUAUUUCGGCGUUUGUCCACAUUGUAGUAUUGUAUCAGUAUUUCAUUUCUUCUUAUGGCUGAGAAAUAUUCCAUUAUAUGUAUAUACAACAUGAGUUUAUUCAUCAGUUGAUGGACACCUUAGUUGUUUCUGCAUUUUAACUAUUGUAAAUGAUGUUGCUAUUCUUAAUGCCAAUUUAUAUAAAAGGAUCAAGGUUUCCAAAGUAAUGAAAAAGCAGUUGCUAGAUUUAGUGGCUUUUUAUAGUAUUUUUUCCUCCAUUCAUUUUCAGACUCUCUUGGGAGCUUAGGAUAUUUCCCAGUUCUGAAUGUUAGCCACUGAAAAUGCCUGUAGACGAUGAAGCAUCUGAAGAUGACUCGGAUUCAGUUUCUUCAAACAUUGAAAGAACCUACAUUUUCAAAUAAGAGAGUGUAACGAUUUCUAUACACUAUGGAAGAUUUUGAUUUGGUGAAAUCCUUACGGAAAACUUCAUCUUCUGUAGAAUCUGAUAUAAAAAAUUCUCCCCAUUCUUUUGGACUGAACUUAAAUAUUAAUAGAAGUAGUCCCCACCUUAGUACAAAUGGGGUAUCCUCUUUCUCAGGGAAGACCAGACCAUCUGUAAUUCAAGGUACAGUUGAAGUCCUAACCUCUUUAAUGCAAGAGCUACAAAACAGUGGAAGGACUGAUUCGGAACUUUGGAAAAACUGUGAGACCAGGUGGUUACAACUAUUCAGUUUGGUGGAAAAACAAUGCCAAGAGCAAAUAGCCGCUCAGCAGGAGCAGUUCCACAACCAAAUUCAACGUAUACAGGAGGAGAUAAAAAAUUUAGUCAAGUUACAGACCAGUAAUGCUUCCUGGGCUUCCUAUGAUACUUCUUUAAGUAAACAGUUAUCUUCAGGAAGUCAAAUGGGUUUUUUUUCUGAAAACAGUGAGAGAAAUGAACCUAUUAUCAGUUAUCCUAAGUCUGAAGAACCCGAAAUGCAGCAAGAAACAUCCACAUCACAACCAGACUGCAAUGUGGACAGUAGCUCAGUGAGCAGUGGGUAUGGUACCUUUUGUGUCUCCGAAUUAAAUGCCUACAAAUCUAAGGACCCUCGGGAGUUCAUGGAGCACACAGAGGUUUCUGAGGGACAGUUUGGAGCAUCUUUGGGGCAGAUGGAGUCACUUGCAGAGAGUGUAAAAAACAAGAAUUUUCGUAUACAUACCACUGAAGAGUUUUGUGCAUCUUUAAAAGAAGAUAUUUCCAUUUUUCCUGGUGAAUUUGAACACAAUUUUCUUGGUGAAAAUAAGGUUUCAGAAGUAUACAGUGGCAAAACGAAUAGUAAGGCUGUAACAUCAUGGGCACAAAAGCUGAAGCAGAACCAACCAAAGAGAGCACUUACAGAGGAGGGGUGUUCAAAAUCUAUGCAAGGAAAUGAGCAAGCCAAGAAAUCACCAGUUGAGAAACCUAAUUUCACUGCUGCUAAGCACCCUCAUGCUUUUUACCUCAAUAAACCAGAUGAGAGUCCAAAUUCUUGGAUGUCUGAUUCAGGAACAGGCCUGACUUACUGGAAGCUGGAGGAGAAGGACAUGUAUCACUCUUUGCCUGAGACUUUAGAGAAGGCAUUUGCACCGUCCUCUGGAGAUAGGUCACCAGGCCAGUCUAAUACUAGUAAUGAGAUGAAGCUACCAUCACUGAAGGAUAUUUAUCAUAAAAAACAAAGGGAAAACAAGCAGUUACCUGAGAGGAAUCUCACUUCUGCUUCCAACCCAAAUCAUCCGCCAGAGGUACUGACUCUGGAUCCAACGUUACACAUGAAGCCAAAUCAGAUUUCAGGAAUUCAGCCGCAAGGCUUUUUGAAUGCCCUUGAUGACAGAAUGUCCUUUUCACCAGACUCUGUUCUAGACCCCAGUAUGUCUAGUCACUCUGACAUAGACUCAUUUUCACAAGCAAGUAAUAUCGCUUCUCAGUCAUCUGGAUUCCCCAAAUAUCCUUCAAACACAAAAGCUUCACCAGUGGACUCUUGGAAAAAUCAUGGCUUCCCAAACGAAAGUAGGAGUAGUUCCACGUUUCCUUCGGUGGCUACUACUGCUAGUAAUGACAUCUCGGUCAACACUGUAGAUGAAGAAAACACGGCCGUGGUAACUUCAGCCUCAGCCAGUCAGUCCCAGCUUCCAGGGACAGCCAGCAGUGUCCCAGAAUGCAUUUCACUGACUCCUCUGGAAGAUCCUGUAAUACUGUCAAAGAUUCGGCAGAACCUGAAGGAGAAGCACGCUCGACACGUAGCCGAUCUUCGAGCUUAUUAUGAGUCAGAAAUAAAUAGUUUGAAACAGAAACUGGAGGCAAAGGAGAUUUCUGCAGUUGAAGAUUGGAAGAAAACCAAUCAAAUUCUUGUAGACAGAUGUGGCCAAUUAGAUAGUGCUCUAAAUGAAGCAACUAGUCGUGUGAGAACACUUGAAAAUAAGAAUAACUUGCUGGAAAUAGAAGUUAGUGAUUUUAGAGAACGCUUCAAUGCAGCCAGCAGUGCUUCCAAAAUUUUGCAGGAACGGAUUGAGGAAAUGAGAACAAGUAACAAAGAAAAAGACAAUACCAUCAUUCGACUAAAAUCUCGACUGCAGGAUUUAGAAGAAGCAUUUGAGAAUGCUUACAAACUCUCAGAUGAUAAGGAAGCAAGACUGAAACAAGAAAACAAAAUGUUUCAAGAUCUCUUAGGAGAGUAUGAGUCCCUUGGAAAAGAACACGAAAGAGUAAAGGAUACAUUAAAUACAACCGAGAACAAAUUGCUUGAUGCACAUACUCAGAUUUCUGAUUUGAAAAGAACAAUUUCAAAACUUGAAGCUCAGGUCAAGCAAGUAGAGCAUGAAAAUAUGUUAAGUCUUCGUCAUAAUUCUAGAACUCCUGUGAGACCCUCACGUGCCAACACGCUGGCCACCUCCGACGUCAGCAGACGCAAGUGGCUGAUACCAGGCGCGGAGUAUUCCAUCUUUACUGGCCAGCCUUUGGACACCCAGGAUAAUAGAGGGAAUAACCAGCUGGUGGAAACCUGUGUUCCCGGGUACCGUUCUCCUCCGGAAAAGGAUUCUUCAUUUGGAAGUUCACCAAGAAGCGUAUUGAUAAAGAAACAGAGAGAGAUUUCAGAUACACCAAUCAUGAAAGCUUUAAAAGAACUUGAUGAAGGAAAAAUAUUGAAAAGUUGGGGCACACAGACAGAGAAAGAGGACACCUCAAAUAAAUUAGUGAAUCCUCGGCAAACCGAAACGUCUGUCAGUGCAAGUCGGUCCCCAGAGAAAUGUGCCCAACAAAGACAGAAGAGGUUUAACUCUGCUUCACAGAGAUCCUCGUCUUUACCACCUUCGACUCGUAAAUCAAGUACUCCCACAAAAAGAGAGAUUAUGUUAACACCAGUGACUGUGGCUUAUAGUCCAAAGCGAUCCCCUAAAGAAAAUUUGUCCCCGGGAUUCAGUCAUCUACUUAGCAAAAAUGAAAGCAGUCCAGCUCGAUUUGAUAUACUUUUGGAUGAUUUAGAUACUGUUCCUGUGUCUGCGUUACAACGUACCAAUCCAAGAAAACAACUCCAGUUUCUUCCUCUAGAUGACUCGGAAGAAAAAAAAUAUUCAGAAACAGCCACCGACAUCCAUGUUAAUCAUAGCUCUUCUCCUGAACUGUUGCCAAACGGAGUGAAGAAAGUGUCUGUGAGAUCAGCCUGGGAGAAGAAUAAAUCAGUUAGCUAUGAACAGUGUAAGCCCACGUCAGUAGCACCACAUGGUAAUGAUUUUGAGUAUACAGCAAAAAUUAGGACCCUAGCUGAAACGGAACGGUUUUUUGAUGAACUUACAAAAGAAAAAGACCAGAUCGAGGCAGCGCUAAGUCGAAUGCCUUCUACUGGAGGACGAAUCACUUUGCAGACAAGAUUAAAUCAGGAAGCCUUGGAAGAUCGUUUGGAAAGGAUUAAUCGAGAACUGGGUUCAGUUCGAAUGACAUUAAAGAAAUUUCAUGUUUUGCGCACCUCUGCAAAUCUCUGAGAUUUGUAGCCAUUAAAUUUUGAGACAUU